CCCCGAAACGCUUUCGCCUUGCCCCCUGCGCCUUUCACACCGCGUCAUGGACGACGUGGCGAAGGCCAGGGCCCAGCUGGCGGCGAUGCGGCAGUCGCUGGCAGGGCUCAAGGUGCACCAGGCGCGGCUGGCCGCCGAGUGCCGCUCGGCGCGGCAGAACGAGGCGCAGCUGAAGCAGCAGCUCGCAGACUUGCUGCAGGAGGCGGACCAAGUCAAGCUGAAGCGCAAGGACAUCGAAUGCCUCUUCUAUUCGGACGAAGGCUGGGGCGACUGGGAGGAGCAGUUCCGGCGGCAAGUGAGCGCCGCGAAACGGGACAUCCCCCCGCCGAUGUCGCCGCCUGCGUUGCAGGAGCUGCGCCUCGCCGGCACGGAGCUGCGCCUCUGCAGCCGCAGCCCGCUGAUGCUGUGGGCCCCCCACUUCUGCACGGAGGAGGAGUGCGCCCAGCUCAUCGACCUCGGCUUCAAGACUUGCAAGCGCCACAACUCGGAGGCGCAGCAGAUGCAGCGCCCAGCGGUCGGCACGCAGGAGGAGCUGCGGGGGGUUGCCACCGCCUCACUGGAGGUGGAGGACUUGCCCCCAGAGCAUCGCCGCCUCAUGGCGGAGAUGCAGCGCCGCGUCGCCGAGCUUACGGGGGUGCCGGUGCACCAGCACGAAAUAAACCCGUUCCUCAAGUUCGAUCAGCCAGCUGGUCAAGAUCUACAAGGCGAUGACCUCAGCAUCGGCCUUCACAUGGAUGUGAACGGGGGCUUUCCCUUCUGCGUUUGCUCCGUGAUCAUUUACUUGAAUGAUGUGGAGCAGGGCGGCCGCACCGUGUUCCCCUGCACCGAUCUGAGAUGCCGGGAGCUGGGCUGCCAGCUGGCGCGUGCGGGCCACACCCAUACCAGUCAUUCGUCCGCAUCUGGCGAGGCUGCGGACUUGGUGCGCCUAGCUGGUGAGGAGGGCCUCAGGAUCUCCCCGCGCGCGGGGGCGGCACUGUGGUUCUUCAGCCUGGGCGACGCGGGGGAGGUGGAUGGCUCUUCUUGGCACGGGGGCGCGGCAGUGGGCGGCCACCUGGGGAAAUGGACCCUUCAGAUCUUCAAGGAGGUGCCACUUCCGCAGCGAACGGACCUCGGCGCCUUCUGCGCCGCCCUGCGGCGCCGCGCAGCGGGGCUGGCGACCGCGGACCUCACGAGCCUGGAUUGACGAC